UUUUCCUUUCUCUCCGACGAGAUUUCCUGUUUACUUAUGGACACUGGAAGACAGAUUGCCCGGUUAUAGAAAAUUCUAGCGAACUCCGGCGCCAGAUCGAGACUGUGGCAGUUGUCCUCUUUCCGUCUCCGACGCCGAUCUACUAGAGAACGGUGCUGAGCUUUCAAACCUGCUUUAAAGCUGCGAUUCGGAUAAUUAGGGUCCUGAGACCGCCCCCUUGAUCCCGGAGACAUGUACCAGUGGCGGAAGUUUGAGUUCUUCGAGGAGAAAUCCGCCGGAAAGGCUGCGAUCCCGAGUGAGGUCAGCGGAAACAUCCAGUGCUGCUCGAGCGGGAGAGGACGAAUUGCCGUCGGCUGUGAUGGCGGCAUGGUCGCCCUCCUCGAUCGAGGGUUCAAGCUUUCCUACGCGUUCCAAGCCCACGGGACCUCCGUCCUUUUCAUCCAACAGCUCAAGCAACGGAACUUCUUGGUUACAGUUGGAGAGGAUGAGCAGGUAUCUCCCCAGUUACCCUCAAUCUGCCUUAAGGUUUUUGACCUCGAUAAGAUGCAGCCAGAGGGUUCAAGCACAACGAGUCCUUUCUGUGUGCAGAUUGUGAGAAUUUUUACCAACCAGUUUCCUGAAGCAAAGAUCACAUCUUUUUUAGUCCUUGAGGAAGCCCCUCCAAUUUUGCUUAUAACAAUUGGAUUAGAUAAUGGUUCCAUUUACUGCAUCAAAGGUGAUGUCGCCCGUGAGCGUAUUACACGAUUCACCCUUCAGGUAGAGACUGGUGCAGACAAAAGCGUUAGUUCUAUUACAGGACUUGGUUUUCGAGUUGAAGCUCGAGUUCUUCAACUCUUUGCUGUCACUCCUGCUUCCAUAAGCUUGUUCAAUUUGAAUGAUCAGCCACCCAGGAGACAGACCUUAGAUCAGAUCGGAUGUGAUAUCAAUGCUGUCACAAUGAGUGACCGUCUGGACCUGAUUAUUGGUCGUCCUGAAGCUGUAUACUUCUAUGAAGUUGACGGUCGAGGUCCUUGUUGGGCUUUUGAUGGUGAAAAGAAGUUUGUUGGAUGGUUUCGUGGAUAUCUGUUGUGUGUUAUUGCAGGUCAAAGGAGCAAUAGGGAUAUGUUUAACAUUUAUGAUUUAAAGAACCGUUUGAUUGCCCAUAGUAUGGUAGUUGGGAAUGUUUCACACUUUCUUUGUGAAUGGGGUUACAUUGUGCUCAUAAUGAGUGACAAAAAGGUUCUGUGCAUAGGAGAAAAGGACAUGGAGAGUAAACUUGAUAUGUUAUUUAAGAAGAACUUAUAUACUGUGGCAAUAAAUCUUGUACAAAGUCAGCAAGCUGAUGCUGCAGCUACUGCUGAAGUACUACGGAAGUAUGCUGACCAUUUAUAUGGAAAGCAAGACUAUGAUGAGGCCAUGUCACAAUACAUUCUCACGAUUGGUCAUCUAGAACCUUCGUAUGUGAUCCAGAAGUUUCUUGAUGCACAACGGAUACACAAUCUCACAAAUUAUUUGGAAAAGUUGCAUGAGAAGGGAUUAGCUUCCAAAGAUCACACAACUCUUCUAUUGAACUGCUAUACCAAGUUAAAAGAUGUUGAAAAAUUGAAUAAGUUCAUUGAGGAUGGAGAUGGUCAUAGCGAACACAAGUUUGACGUGGAGACUGCAAUAAGAGUUUGCCGUGCUGCUGGAUAUCAUGAACAUGCCCUGUACGUUGCUAAGAAAGCUGAGAGGCAUGAAUGGUAUCUGAAGCUUUUGCUUGAAGACCUUGGUAGUUAUGAUGAGGCUUUGCAGUAUAUUUCUAGCCUUGAGCCAGACGAAGUGGGUGCUACCAUUAAAGAAUAUGGUAAGAUUCUUGUAGAACACAGGCCAGCUGAGACUGUUGAAACACUACUUAGGCUCUGCAUUGUUGAUCAAGACUCAACAAAAAAGACCAAAAACGGUAUGCACUUAGUUAUGCUACCCUCUCCAAUGGACUUCAUCAAGAUAUUUGUUCAUAGCCCAAAAUCUCUGAUGGAGUUUCUUGAGAAAUAUAUAGGCAAGGUCAAGGAUUCACCUGCUCAAGUGGAAAUUCAUAACACACUACUAGAGUUGUACCUAUCUAACACUCUAACCUUUCCAUCAAUUUCACAAGAAAAUGCUGAUGAAAGACAUGACCUUGAUGUGGGAAAAUUUAAGCAAAUUGCUAAUGGUUCAAAGAUAGAGAACAAGGGGAAAAUGAAUAAUGCAAACAAAGAUGUUAAAAAGGAUAAGGAUCAUAUUGAAAGACAGGACAAAGGAUUGGCCCUUCUUAAGAAUGCAUGGACCUAUGAUAUGGAGCAACCUUUAUAUGAUGUGUUUCUUGCUAUUAUUUUAUGUCAAAUGAAUACUUUUCGAGAUGGUCUGUUGUUUCUUUAUGAGAAAAUGAAGCUUUACAAAGAAGUGAUUGCCUGCUACAUGCAGACUCAUGAUCAUGAAGGUUUGAUUACAUGUUGCAAGAAGCUUGGGGACUCGACCCAUGGUGGAGAUCAAUCUCUUUGGGUUGACGUACUGAACUACUUUGGUGAACUUGGUGAAGAUUGCUCCAAAGAAGUAAAAGAGGUUCUUACAUACAUCGAAAGAGAUAAUAUAUUGCCACCCAUUGUCGUCUUGCAGACAUUAUCUAGGAAUCCAUGCUUGACUCUCUCUGUAGUUAAAGACUACAUUGCUAGGAAGCUUGAACAAGAGUCAAGGUUGAUAGAAGAAGAUCGUAGGUCUAUUGAAAAGUAUCAGGAGGGCACUGCUUCAAUGCGGAAAGAAAUACAAGAUCUCAGGACAAAUGCAAGGAUUUUUCAACUCAGCAAGUGCACAGCGUGCACCUUCACCCUCGACCUUCCAGCAGUGCAUUUCAUGUGCAUGCACUCGUUUCACCUUCGUUGUCUCGGGGACAACGAAAAGGAAUGCCCAGAAUGCGCGCCCGAAUACAGAUCCAUCCUGGAGACCAAGAAGAACUUGGAGACGAAUGCAAGGGAUCAAAACUUGUUUUUCCAGAAGUUGAAGAAUUCAAGAGAUGGGUUUUCCGUCAUUGCCGACUAUUUUGGGAAAGGCAUAGUGAGCAAAACUACUAUUACCUCACCCGAAACUCCGCCGACGAACAAUACGUAGGAAUUAUCGGCUUGUCACCCAUACUGGCUGGUUGUUUUAUUGAGUCCUAAUCAUCUAGCAGCCUUGUAAAGGCCUUGAUUUGUUAAGCUUUACAUGAGGCUUUUUCCUGCAGAUCCGUCUGAGUUGCUUGUCUCCAUGAUCGAGAAUAUCAUCAAACUGUGUUCCGUUAUUCGUUAGUUUGUGUGGAUAAGUAUCUGUGAGGACAAAAGGAUUCCUUUCGAUUCCUACUGCCGAAUCGAGUUCGUGUACCGGAUGAUAAUUUUUAAUAAUCUUGUUCAAAUGGUCGACAAUCAAACACCUCCAUAUUUGUC